GAGUGGGCCGGAAACCCCCUCGAAUCAGAAACAACUUAAGCACACCGCACCGCACAGCAUCGCCGCACCAAAAUUGGCGGAGCGAUGGCUGCCGGGUGUAGCAAAGCAUUCGCCUCGAAGUACGAGGAGGAGCUCUAUUACGACGUGGAGUUUGAAGAGUUUUGCAAGAAUUUCGAGUUUUCGAACUCAUCGACCUGUUGGAUAUGCAAUGGAUAUUACGGUCCCAGCUAUGGUGAGCCGCUGUGCGGAACGUGCCAUUCUUUCAUCUUCCCGAACCGUCCAAAUGGCGAAGAGGAAGGUCUGGUAACGCUCGAAGACGAUGACGAAGAUUCCGGUAACGACGAACCGCCCGAAAAUGGGUCCGAAGCGAAGGACCGCUCAGACGACGAAUCCGACGAUUUGGAACGACCGCGUCCUUCGGCACCGCGCAAUUUGGGCCAGUACCUGGACAUGCUUUCCCAGCCACGCGAAACGGAUGAAUCGCAACAGAAAAUUUGUGUGCUACCAGUCGAGGUGCUGCUGUCGAUUUUCUCCUAUUUGGACGAUCUAUCCCUGUGGAACGCGAGCGAGGUAUGCAAACAGUGGAAGCGCAUACUGGAGGUCCACGUGCCACAGCAGAUGUGGAAAAAGUACACCAAGGAGCGGUGGCCACUGUUCCAGCAGAUCUCUACCAUUCCUAACUGGUUACACAUGUACGGUGCACUGAUGAAUUCCUGCUUCUGUCGCACGUGUCUGCUGCAGAUGGCACUGAAAACACCGAUGCGUGGCCGUGAGAAUCUUAUUCGCGCUAAUCGACUGCGAGGCGACAUCCGAUCGCUGGAUCGUGACGCUACCGAGGGUAUCGACGCGGUGGCGCUCGACAAUCAACUGUUCCACUGGCAGGCGUCCAUCCUCGGCCCGACGGGUAGUCCGUACGAGGGUGGCAAGUUUUUCCUCUAUAUCGUCAUACCCCUCUCGUACCCGAUGCUGCCCCCACAGGUGCGCUUUCUCACGAAAAUCGUACAUCCGAACGUUUCGCGUCAUGGCGACGUUGGGAUCGACAUUAUCCAGCACAAUUGGUCCCUUGCGUUGACCAUCUCGAAGUUGUUGUUGUCGGUGCAGAGUCUGCUGACCGACCCGUACACUCAGAUUUGCAUGGAACCAGAACUCGGCCGAAUGUACGAGAAUGAUAGACCAAAGUUUGAAGCACUCGCCAGGCGCUGGACGUGGAAGUACGCUAUGUACGAAGUGUUACCGCCACUGGAAGGCCUCUCAUAGAACGGGAACUGAGCGGCAAACAAGGAAUUGCUCCGUUUUAUGAAAAGAGUUCACAUGAAAUGUGUGAGAAUACUGUGUACAGAGCCAAGAAGCGUGUGAAUAGCUUCAGCGCAUAGUUCUUCAUGUAUAUUUUCUGAUAAUAUCGCGUCCUGUGUGGUAUUAAGAAUGGGAAGAAUGUAAGGUCUAGAGCGGAACAAAUAUUCAUUUGAGAAAUGGUGCGAAGCUAUGGCCACAUUGUAACAAGUUUCUAUACUGCCGGCAUGUCAGGCAAGGGAUAUAUAUACUAUUAUUUUAAGAAACUCACGGUCACCACCCAUGACAGCAAAUGCUAGACCCAUUCAUUCCCUCGUUUCCCACGACAGUCACUAAGGAGUUCGCCCCAUAGAAUCCUCUUUAGGCGGGAUAAAUUCUAGCUUUUAAGCAAUUCUUCGUCGAACGAAGCAAUGUAGUGUGUGCAUUGUGGCGGCCAACGGUACGCAGCGUUUCUGUGGAAGCCAAUGGUACGCAGGAGCACUUGUAGCCCUUGAAAAUAGUGUAGUACUAUGACCAGCAUUAAGGUACCUAUUUAUUUCACACCUACAAAG